AUGGACAGGGAUUUUCUUUGCCAGGAUCCCUCCCCAUCGGUUAAUGUGCCCACCGGCUCACGAUCGACACCUUUGCCGAGAAGCAAUGCACCUCAACCUCCUGCCAAGCAGCGCUCACACGACGACGAUCCAACAUCAUUGAAUCUAGCGUAUGACACCAUCGAUAUCAAGGAACAAGUAACGAGUCCAACAGCUCGCACGCCUCGAGUCGACAUAUUACGCGAACCAAGAGUGCAUCAAACGUUUCAGUUUUCAGGAACACCAGGGGGACGCCUUAAAGCUCAUCGUGUUGGAUUUGCAGAAUAUGGAGCUGUCGAAACAGGUCAUCCAGCAUUUAUCAUUGGUGGUCAUGGAUGCAGUAGGCUGGUGGGUGUCAUGUUUGAUGAUUUGGCAAAGAGGCAUAAUAUCAGGACCAUCUGGCCAGAGCGACCUGGUUAUGGACUUAGCGAAGAAUGUAGUGCUCAAGAGAUGAGUGUCUUGGAAUGGGCUGAGGUGGUGAUUCAGCUGGCUGAUCACUUGGAUAUACGACGUUUCAGCAUUAUUGCACAAUCCGUGGGCGCUGUAUUUGCGAUGGCGAUUGCACACAAGUAUCCUACACGUGUGGUGGGUCCAUUAUUCCUGAUUUCACCCUGGGUAUCAACACAUGCUGCCAAUACCUUCAAAUGGUCUCGCCGAUUACCUGCCAUGUUGGUUACACGCACCGUAUCCUUAGCAAUGGAUGUCAUGUGGAUGCUUAACAAAUCAGCACCUACCAUGGCAACAGCAACACCUUCAGCAUCAACAACCCCCUCCACCACAUCAACAUCCACCACCGAUGAGGAUGCAAGUAUCAGCACCUUUUCCAAUCCAUCUUCGCCACGCUUUAAUGAAAACAACCAAUUACCCACCUUUAGCAAUGUAUCACCACAGCAGACGAUUCCAUCCAUGACGCUUGAAGAAGAAGACGAGUUGCUUGCCUCUUUUGAUGAUGAUGAUUUUGAUCUCCCAACUGAUUUCCCUCCUCAUCGUCCAUUACGACAUGCUGUGCGGCCCAAAAACAUGUCCUUGUAUUUUGCCAUGAACAAGUUGCGGAUGACGGAGCCCUAUGCACAGGGUCAAACAUUGGAUGUUCUUGUGGCUCUGGAAAAGUACCAUUCUUUUGGAUUCAGCUAUUCAGAAAUCAAGACGGCCAUCACGGCGGUGUGGGGUGAUAAAGACGGCUUAAUCCCUAUACGCGCGGUGGAAGUGCUUGCCAAUGGAUUGCGUGACGUACGAUUCAAGAUUCUCGAAGGGGAAGGACAUGAUCUUGUAUGGAAGGAAGGUGUCAUGGAAUGGGCUAUCCGUGGUGUGGCUGAACGAUGGCGUGUCCGUACCGAGCGAUUAACAAUGACCAUGAUGAACAAGAUGAUGCGUGUCCAAUCAUGA